CCGGUGUGAGAGGCAGCAGCAGAGCACCAUGUCGAAGAGGCACCUGACGCUCGUCUGGGGCAUCGAGCAGACAGAGAGCGUUGCGAUGCAAGCACCUCGCUAGCGUCCAGGCGCUCCCUCGCCUCGGCUCCUCAAGAAGGCCGGCUCUCGCGGCGCCCCUCGCCUCUCACCCACCCUCUCCCUCUCCCUUCCCCUUUCUCGGCGCCAUGUCCGCCCUCCGCCUGCGUUCCCUCACCCUCUCGCUCGCCGCCGUGCUCGUGGCGCUGCUCUGCGCCACAACUCUGAAUGCUCGCUCGUCGUAUGAGUUCCGCCGCGCCGACAGCGCCACGAGGCAGACGUGUGCGGCGCUCAAGAAGCAGCUGCCCUUCGGCCGGGUGACCAGCCAGGGCCUCGGUCCGGACUAUCUCCUCUCCGUCCAGAUCUACUACAACCAGCUGCAGGCAAAGAACUUUCCGGCCUGCGUCGUCUACCCGUCCUCCUCGUCCGAUGUGCAGACGGCCAUCAAGGCCAUCAAGGCGAACAAUGUGCAGUUCGCCGUCAAGGCUGGCGGCCACCAGUUCAACAAUGGUUGGUCCAGCGUCGACCAGGGCAUCCUCAUCGACUUCAGCCGCAUGACGCGCAAGACGUACGACGCAGCGUCCCAGACGGGCUUUUACGAGCCGGGAAAUCGCUGGCGUGACAUCUACGGGUACUACGCGAAGUGGAAUGUGGUGCCCGUGGGCGGUCGACUCGGCGGCGUGGGCACGGGCUUGGCGCUGGGCGGCGGUCUGUCAUACCUGUCGGCGCAGUACGGCCUGGCAUGCGACGGCUUCGUCCAGCUCGACGUCGUCCUCGCAGACGGCUCGCUCGUGGCGGCACGCGCCGACAAUGAGUACGCAGACCUGUUCAAGGCGCUCAAGGGCGGAGGCAAUCGCUUCGGCGUCGUCACUGGCUACCACGUCAAGCUUCGUCCUACUGGCACCUUCUACUCCGGCGUGCUGAUCUACGAGGAGAAGCAUUUCGCGGACGUCGUGAAGGCCACGGUUGAUUUCAACGAGAACAACCAGGACCCGAAGGCUGCCAUCAUCACCACCGUCGACAGCAUCGAAGUCGGUGGUCUGCUUUUCGGCCUCGGCAAGCUCAUCAUCCUGUUCAACGUGUACGACGGCGCGAACCCCGGCAGCGUGUUCAAGGCCUUCGAGGACAUCCCGCACGUCGCCGACACCCGCACGCCGGGCUCGUACUUCAAGGCUGCGCAAAUGCUCGACGUCGGCACUCUCUCCACGGGCGCCUACACGUCGCGCGUGGCACGCUACCGGCCUGGCAGCACCAAGGAGCUCGACCUGCUCAAGAACUUCCAGGCCUGGUACGCGGCGCACAAGGGCGAGUACAUCCUCGCCACGGUCGACUACCAGCCGGUGGCACAGGGUACCAUUGCCGCGGGCCGUGCUGCCGGAGGCAACGCGCUUGACAUGAAGGACGGCCCCCACAUUUGGGUGAACCUCUUGCUCGCCUUCGACCCAAACCUGCCGGCGGCCAAGCAGCAGGCGCUCAUCGAGAGCUGGAAGGCCCUCGAGCAGUCGGUGCCGUCCGACGAGGACGUCGUCAUCUUCAUGAACGACGCCGGCGACCAGCCCAUCCUGCAGUCGUACGGCACCUACCCGCAGCUGCAGGCUACGAGCCGCAAGUACGAUCCGGACCAGCUCUUCAUCAAGAACCAGCAGGGUCCGCAAUUCAGCGUCUGAGUUCGCUGGCUGGGUAUGACGUGAUUUUCUCUGCGACGCGUGGUGUGACCGCGCGCCGCGCCCUCCGGCCUCCGCGCCUGUGCGGCAUGCUACCAUCGCACGUUCAGAGGAUGGCUU